UUAAACAAAACAAAAAAAAAAACUCGUAAUCCGAACCAGCAGUGUUUGUUUAUCAAAUUACUGAACAAUUGUGCUUGUAAUAAUUCAUCACAGCGCAGCCAAGGUCCAGACAAGGAGAACGUCACCCUGCGUCACUUCAAAAGGAAAUAAAGGAACUUAUCCAGAUUCUAAUUCGAUGAAACCCGGUACCUGGCUAAAGGGACGAGUAAUAGAAUUACAACCCGGCAAGGACGGACAAAUACGAUCUGUUAAAAUAAAAACAGCACAAGGUAUAUAUUGUCGUCCAGUUACAGGAGUAGCAAUCCUUGACGUUUAUAAACAAGAAAAUCUUAAGACUUCAAUAGACAAUUCCGCCAAAACACCUGAAUUUGUAGGUAUCAUGCAUGAACGAAACCCUAAAAAACCAUUAAGUACCUGUCAUAAUCAGGUAAAUGAAAACAAGAAAAACGAUCGCGAUGUUAAAUCUUUUAAACGUCCUUAUAAUGAUUUACCACCAAACGACACGCGCGUUUCAGACUCUAAACGAGGGCCGGGAUCGGAAAAGAAAUUAACGGGGAAUACCAUCAAAAAAUUUAACAAUAUUGUCAUUACUCUACUAAUGAUUUUAUUUCUUUCAGCUGAAGCAAUAGGGGAAUCAUCAAGGGGUUUGAUAGCGUAUGACUGCGCUAAUAAUGACAUAAACAUUACUAGCUACUCCCUUAUGGACGUAGCAUCAUGUAUCCCACCGGCCAAAAAUGUAACGACAAAAGAAAUACGCAUUCAAGUACUACAAAGAAGUCCGAAAACUAUAGUACAUGUUAGUCAAUGCAAAGUAAUAAUCAAACGCUCAAUUCGACAUUGUGGCGCCUUUUCUCACACUUCUGAUUAUGAAUAUGGGUACGCGUACAUCAUAAAGGAAUUUACACCAGUAGAAUGUAAAUUAGCUCAAACGUUAGGAGAAGUUUCUAUAUCUAUCAAUGCCAAGGUCAGGGAACUGCGUCGUAAUCACACCACCAGAGGGGAAGCACUCAUCGUCGGCAGCGUCACGGGAACCAAAUGCAGCGGCGGAACUUACCGGACAUCGAGCUACACCUGGGAAAGCGCAUUGGUAUAUUACGAAUAUGAAAUCGGAAUGUACGAUUACGUAGCCACGGCGGACAUCGAAAACGACCAGGUAACGCUGCGUAACGGGAUCAUCUGCAAAUAUACGACGGGUUGGUGUCUAGAUGCGGAAUACGGCUACCUUACGUGGAGUGUCGAUUUGUCAAGACAAUGCGAGCGCAACGACUUUGAAAUAAUCUACGAAGGUACUGUAAACAAAACCUUUGAUCAAAAUACUGACGUCAAAACACGAGCUAACGCAGUCUACACCUUAAUAUCGAAAGAGCAUAUGUUUUCAAUAAGGGCUCUCGAUGCUACUCAAAUAUGCGGCUUUAAUAGCUACGUAACCGAUCACCCAAAGAUUUUCAUUCUUGAGUUACAAGGAUAUCAAUCGCCUUUCAAACGCAGAGCAAUCGAUGGAAAAAAUCUCGACUUGUUCACCUAUUUCAAUUCAAAAAUCACGCUAGUAGAAAACUAUCUCGGUCAAAAGUUGAACGAUGUGUACACUACAGUUAUGACCGAAAUGUGCAAACUAGAUAAAGCACUUUUGGAGACCAAAUUAACACUUGCUCGCCUAAAUCCAAGUGAAUUCGUCAAGAAUCUCGUUAAACGUCCUGGUUACACAGCAGUCGUAGCAGCCGAAGUACUAUACAUUCUGGAAUGCAAACCGGUCUACGUCACUUAUGACAGCAAAGAAGAUUGCUAUCAAGAAAUUCCAGUGAAGUACAAUAAUCGCUCUAUGUUUAUGGCUCCAGUUACACGAAUGCUACAACUAAGAGGCACGCAAAUAGACUGCACACCAUUACUACCAGCGAAAUUUACAAUUGGUGGUAGGUGGUAUACUACAGAUCAUCGUUUGAGAGAAACGACAGCCCCACAACAACUGACCACCGAUAUCGUAACCAAUUGGGCAUACACUCCCUUACCAAGUCUAAUGAAGAGUGGAGUGUACGAUGCCGAAAGUCUCCAAAAGAUGAAGAACUUAGUGUACGAACAAGGUGAUAAGAAAAUAGCAUCUUCAGUCUUGUACAAGAUGAUCGCCGGUCAACAUCCUAAUCUACAAGGAUUUACCUUUGACGCACUCAUAUCAGAAAAGGUAAUUCAUAAUGCAUUUCAAAAAUAUUGGUCGAAACUGGUAUCAUGGUCCACGUGGAUCGGAAACAUUACAUCUACAGCCAUAGGUAUCUAUGUAUUUGGCAGAGCAGUCAAAUUCAUUAUGGAUACAAUAAUCCAUGGCAGAAUUCUAUUCGAAAUCUACGGAGUAGGAUGGCAGUUGCUAGCAUCCUUUUGGGAUUCCUUGACUAAUCUGCUAUCUCAUCGCGGCCAUCGGAGACAACAAGAAAAUGUAGCACCACAGCCGGCGUACAAUCAAAACCACACUAUCGAUGAACCAAACACAGACCAGAACCCGCCAGCAUUCUCAUCACCCGUAGUAGAGCAAAGAAUACAUCGUACUCUACCAAUGUUCCUGUAUCCGCGAUACAACAACAUCCCAACAACAAUAGACCACGAGAUGACUACAGCAUGCGCACCGCCUUCACAGCAACCGCUCAUCGGGCAGCAAGACGGUGAUUACGAACGCAAGUAA